CACAAAAUAAAAAAAAACAGCGUAAAAAAAUGAAAGACUGGAAGUGAAGAGAAAAAAUGCAGGCACGGUACCUGCGAUUCAGUGGAGAUAAGCAGAUCAAUGGAACGAGCCACAGGAUGUUGCCACGUGUCACGCUUUCCAGCCACACAGAAUUCUAGCCGCACGAUAUUUAUCCAUCCGUCUGCGCCAUUUCCUCCUCUACCCAAUCAGUAUUUCAUCAAAAAAACUCCUCCAUUGCAACUCCAACAAUGGCAUCCAUCGCCAGCUCCAUCGCCAACACCGUCCUGCUUCCUCGGAAGCCGCCGGCUUCCGCCAGCCUCCGCGCGCUUCCAAACCAGGCGGCGACGUUCGGCGUCCGGACAGGCAACGGCGGCAGGGCGAAGUGUAUGGCGUCGUCGUACAAAGUGAAGCUCGUCACUCCUGAGGGAGAGAAGACGAUAAACUGCCCUAGCGACGUGUACAUCCUCGACGCGGCGGAGGACGCCGGCGUCGACCUACCGUACUCGUGCCGCGCCGGAUCGUGCUCCUCGUGCGCCGGUAAGGUCGUGAGCGGCUCCGUCGACCAGUCCGACCAAAGCUACCUCGACGACGACCAGAUUGACGGCGGAUGGGUGCUAACGUGCGCGGCGUAUCCUACUUCGGAUCUCGUCAUCGAGACGCACAAGGAGUCGGAUCUCUUCGACUGAUCGAUCGAUGCAACCAAAUUAAACUUCGCCGGUUCCUUCAUCAUCAUGUCGUCGUCUUCGAGUUAGCAGUGAUUGUAGAAGAAAUCAAUUUAGGGAUUGCUGGAGUGAGUCUGGAUGUCUCUAGAAGGAUCUACUGUGCCUUUUGAUUUCUUCGUUACGAACCGUCUUCGCUUUCGUUUACAUAUCUGCUGAUUUAUCACGAAAUAAUUUACUUAA